AUGGGUUGCUGUGGCUGUGGUGGCUGUGGCGGCUGUGGCAGCUGUGGCGGCUGUGGCGGCUGUGGUGGCUGUGGUGGCUGUGGAGGCUGUGGAGGCUGCGGUGGCUGCUGCGGCGGCUGUAGCAGCUGCACCUCCUGCAGGUGCUACCGGGUCGGCUGCUGCGGUGGCUGCUGUGGUGGCUGCUGUGGUUGCUGUGGCUGUUGCAGGCCUGUGGUGGUCUGCUGCCGCCGCAGCUGCUGCCACCGCUCCUGUGGCUGUGGCUCCUGUGGCUGUGGCUGUGGCUGUGGAAAGGGCUGUUGUCAGCAGAAAUGCUGCUGCCAGCAGAAGUGUGGCUGCAAGAAACAGUGCUGCUGCUAG